AAGCAAGACCCGGCGCCUUCUGCCGUGUCUUCGUCAGUUCCCUCUCGCCUCCCGACGCGGACGGACGCCAGAGCCCAGCAGUCCUCGACGCCCCUAUCAGCUGCCUCGUCUGAGCUAUGGGUCGUCGCGAGCGGAGUGGGCGGAGUACCGUGGGCGUCGGGGCUCUGCUGUGGGCGGCGGCGACGGUGCUGGUGGUCGCCUCCGUCGCCGGUGCUGAGAACUUCGUUUCCACGUUCAAGGAGAAGAACAACUUCUUCUACUUGAUCAAGGGAUUCGCGCUCGCGGCACAUUAUGACGUCACCGUGCUGCCAUCCACCUGUCACUGCCGCCGCCGCUGCGAGGUGAUUCCCUCGUGCCACUCGGUGUCCAUCGUGCCGCGGGACGCAGGGGGGGUGGAGUGCCGCACCUCCAGCAGGCCCGGCAACCUGAACAACUGGAGGGAGCGUCCUGACCUCCUGCUGACCUCGGGCGCCACGCACAUCCUCCAGACAAAUUCGGCUAACUGGGAUGAGCCAGAGGUCGAUGGAAUGUUCUAUUACGUCAGAAUCCAUAACUCCCACUCUCCUCAGUGCGAUUAUAAAUAUGAAUUAGCUACCGCCAAGUCGCUGACAGAGUACGAGAUCUUCAAGAAGAUUUACGAUGCCUACAACACUCCCCUGUGGGUUGGCCUUCGUCUGCACAACGUCCCCAACACCACCGACUACGAGCCGUACUGGGAGAACUCGACCACGACUGCCCCGCUCGAGGAGCUUUCCUAUGACCAGUCCGGGCUCCCCUCGUCGGCUCUGCAUGCUGAUCACAACGAUGAAUACUAUUUCUACUUGACCAAGACUGGCUCUGACUACGAGUUCCAUACCAGUAGUCCUUCCGGCAAGUACACUCUGUGUCAGGCUAAUGAGUUACAGCUCAAGUGGCCUUGACUUUGACGGAGGCUCUGGCCUGCUGCUGCCCGUGCCGCGCACAACACUCACUUCUAUGCAGGAAGAUACAAAUCUUAAAUACAC